AAAGACACCGGAAGUAAACUCAAUUUUGCUUGUAAUUCCAAAACAAGAUGGCUGCGCCGUGUGUUGAACCUGCAAAGGGAGGGUUCUCUUUCGAGAAUUGUGGAAGAAAUGACAGGUUUAAAGAGAUGGGACUUAAAUUCCCUACUGCUUACAAGACAGGGACAACUAUAGCUGGAGUCAUUUUCAAGGAUGGAGUUGUGCUGGGAGCAGACACCAGAGCCACAGAGGACACAGUGGUGGCCGACAAGAACUGUGCCAAGAUCCACUACAUGGCUGACAAUAUCUAUUGUUGUGGUGCUGGCACGGCGGCCGACACAGAGAUGACCACACAGAUGAUCUCAGCUGAUCUAGAGCUCCACAGGCUCAACACGGGUCGCGUACCCCGCGUCUGCACGGCCAACAGGCUCUUGAAACAGAUGCUCUUCAGGUACCAGGGUUACAUUGGUGCUGCUCUUGUUCUGGGAGGCGUCGACGUCACUGGCCCAAGUCUUUACAGCAUCUGGCCUCAUGGGUCCACUGACAAACUUCCCUUUGUCACCAUGGGUUCUGGAUCUCUAGCUGCCAUGGCCAUGUUUGAAGAUCGCUUCAAGCCCAACAUGUCGAGAGAGGAGGCCAUGAAACUGGUCCGGGAUGGCAUCGCGGCCGGUAUCUUCAACGAUCUUGGCUCGGGCAGCAAUGUGGAUCUGUGUGUCAUCACCAAGGACAAAGUGGAGUACAUUCGGCCUCACGAGAUCGCCAACCAGAAGGGCGUCAAGCAAGGUAGCUACAUAUACAAGAAGGGAACAACAGCCGUUCUAUCAUCGCAGGUCAAGAAGAUCGAUAUUGAAGUUGUAGCGACUGAAGUGAAGCCUCAGCCCAUGGACACCCAGUAGAGUAGGCUGGAGAGAUUCCCAUUGCUCUUUGUAUUUGUGUUUCAUAUUGACCUGUUUCGUUUGUUUCAUGGGAGAGAAAUAUGAAGUCUGAAUGUUGGUAAUUAUAAGUUAGUGAACAUGGAAGUGUAUGUUGGGUGAUAACUGUGCAUGUUUUCAUUUUUGUUUGAUUGAAUCUGUAUUGUUAUGAUGUGUGGGUCGUGUACUUUUCCUUUUUUUGAAGGUACCUUCAUUUCUCCAACUGACCCUUUGGAAAAGAAGAAUGUUUUGAUUGGAAUAAGGUAGUUGUUUUUCCUUUUUUAAAGUAAAUUUUUCUCAAUUCUUUUUCCAUGUUUGUGUUUCCUGUAACUGUGUACAUGCGAUUUGUAACAGUCAAUGUCUGUUGACACAUUGAAUGAACAAGAAUAAACUUAUAAAAACUUUGA